AUCUCUAUUACAUGGUGGAUUGAUUGAAUAAGGUCUCCAAGGAAAUGGUAGUCACUGAGAAUACUACUUACAUUGGGGGUCAGUGGGAAGAAUGUCCCUUACACUGGGGGUCAGUGGAAAAAAUGUCCCUUACAUUGGGGGUCAGUGGAAAAAAUGUCCCUUACAUUGGUGACCAGUGGGAAGAAUGCUUCUUACUUUGGUGGUCAGUGGGAAGAAUGCUCUUUAUAUUGUUGGUCGGUGAGAAGAAUGCUCCUUAUAUUGGGGUUCAGUGGGAAGAAUGCUCCUUACAUUAGUGGUCAGUGGGAAGAAUGUCCUUUACAUUGGUGGUCAGUUGGAAGAUUGUCCUUUUCAUUGGUGGUCAGUGGGAAGAAUGUCCCUUACAUUGGCUGUCCGUGGGAAGAAUGAUCCUUACAUUGGUGGUCAGUGGGAAGAAUGAUCCUUACAUUGGUGGUCAGUGUUAAGAAUGUCCCUUACAUUGGUGAUCAGUGGGAAGAAUGUCCCUUACAUUGGUGGUCAGUGGGAAGAAUGAUCCUUACAUUGGUGGUCAGUGGGAAGAAUGUCCCUUACA